AUGUACCCUCUACCUCAAAGUACCCCCUACCUCAAAGUACCCCCUACCUCAAAGUACCCCCUACCUCAAAGUACCCUCUACCUCAAAGUACCCCCUACCUCAAAGUACCCUCUACCUCCAAGUACCCUCUACCACCAUGUACCCUUUACCUCCAAGUACAUUCUACCUCCAAGUACCCUCUACCUCCAUGUACCCUCUACCUCCAAGUACCCUCUACCUCCAUGCACCCUCUACCUCCAAGUACCUUUUACCUCCAUGUACCCUCUACCUCCAUGUACCUUUUACCUCCAUGUACCUUUUACCUCCAUGUACCUUUUACCUCCAUGUACCUUUUACCUCCAUGUACCUUCUACCUUCACGUACCCUCUACCCCCAAGUACCCUCAACCUCCAAGUACGCUCUACCUCCAUGUACCCUCUACCUCCCAGUGCCCUCUACCUCCCAGUGCCCUCUACCUCCAAGUACCCUCUACCUCCAAGUACCCUCUACCUUCAUGUAACCUUUUCCUCCAUGUACCUCUACCUCCAUGUACCCUCUACCUCCAUGUACCCUCUAUCUCCAUGUACCCUCUACCUCCAUGUACCCUCUACCUCCAUGUACCCUCUACCUCCAUGUACCCUCUACCUCCAUGUCCCUUGUACCUCCAUGUACCCUCUACCUCUAUGUACCCUCUACCUCUAUGUACCCUCUACCCCCAAGUACCCUCUACCUCCAUGUCCCUUGUACCUCCAUGUACCUUCUACCUCCACGUACCCUCUACCUUCAAGUACCCUCUACCUCCAUGUCCCUUGUACCUCCAUGUACCUUCUACCUCCACGUACCCUCUACCUCCAAGUACCCUCUACCUCCAAGUACCCUCUACCUCAAUGUACCUUGUACCUCCAUGUACCCUCUACCUCCAAGUACCCUCUACCUCCAAGUACCCUCUACCUCAAUGUACCUUGUACCUCCAUGUACCCUCUACCUCCACGUACCCUCUACCUCCACGUACCCUCUACCUCCACGUGCCCUCUACCACCAAGUACCCUCUACCUCCAUGUCCCUUGUACCUCCAUGUACCUUCUACCUCCACGUACCAUCUACCUUCAUGUACCCUCUACCUCCAUGUCCCUUGUACCUCCAUGUACCUUCUACCUCCACGUACCCUCUACCUCCAAGUACCCUCUACCUCCAUGUACCCUCUACCUCCAUGUACCCUCUACCUCCAUGUACCCUCUACCUCCAUGUACCCUCUACCUCCAUGUACCCUCUACCGCCAUGUACCCUCUACCUUCAUGUACCCUCUACCUUCAUGUACCCUCUACCUCCAUGUACCCUCUACCUCCAAGUACCCUUUACCUCCAACUACCCUUUUCCUCCAUGUACCCUUUACCUCCAAGUACCCUUUUCCUCCAUGUACCCUCUACCUCCAAGUAUCCUCAAUCUCUAUUGCAUGGUGAGUGCUCACAACUCUAA